GCGGCGGCGGACUCCGUUCAGUCCGCAGUCCGACGGCGAGCGUGUUGGUCGCCGCGUCCGCGAAAAGUCACCGCCUGCGAUCGUCUUCCGAAUGACAAACGCACGAGUCGUGUCGUAUAAUAUAUUAUUCCACUGAACCACGCCAUCAGGUCAGGUGUUCCGCGUGUACCGCCAACGUAUAUUUUAUUUUCAUAAUUAUUAUUACAAAUCAUAAAUUGUUAGAUCAGUAUAAAUAUAUAAUACUAUAUUGGCCCAGUCGCAUCUUCAUUUCCGCACGAAUGAUCAGUAUCGACAGAUACCUUAUAUAGGUACAAUAGAUGUUACAUUGUCUGAAAUACAUGCGGUACAUUUAACGCAUAGUGUAAUCGAUUUCGGUUUUUUGUUGUUUAUCGUCCCAAAUGUCGUACGAUGACGUACUACAACAAUUUCGGUAGUGGCGGCUUGCACAAAACCGCCGUCAAACACAACGGAGACGUGAUCGCUUGUCACAAAUGUGGCGGAUAUAAGGUGGUAAACCAUGUGGGCAGAAUGAGCCGUGGCCGAAGAAAACUGUUGGUGUACGGGUUGGUCGUCGGCACGUUACUGUUGCUGGCGUACAAGCUACGCACGUGCCCCGAACCCCAAACCAUGUUCAUGAUGCCGAAAGACAAAUUUGUUACCGAUGAAAACAUGAAGAUCUACUCUUAUGAUCGAAACAUGCCACUAAUAUUCAUCGGUGGCGUACCCAGAUCCGGCACUACGCUCAUGAGAGCCAUGUUGGACGCUCAUCCGGACGUCCGGUGUGGCCAGGAGACUAGGGUGGUGCCAAGAAUCUUACAGAUGCGCAAUCACUGGUACAAAUCGUCCAAAGAGUCACUUCGACUGAAGGAAGCCGGAGUCUCUGAAGAAGUCAUCAACUCUGCGGUUGCUUCAUUCAUUCUCGAAGUUAUCGCUCGGCACGGGGUGCCGGCACCCCGACUGUGCAAUAAAGACCCGCUGGCGCUCAAGUCCAUGGACUAUCUGAAGGUGUUGUUUCCCAACGCCAAAUACAUAUUCAUGGUUCGCGACGGCCGAGCAACUGUCCAUUCGAUCAUAUCGCGUAAAGUGACAAUCACCGGUUUCGACUUGAACAGCUAUAGACAGUGUCUGGAAAAAUGGGACGACGCCAUCAGCGUCAUGUACAAAAACUGCAACAAAGUCGGGUCCGGAUACUGUCUGAUGGUGUACUACGAGCAAUUGGUGUUGAGGCCUCGGGCCACGUUGACCGAGAUUCUAAACUUCCUGGAUAUCCCGUGGAAUGAGACUGUGCUCCACCACAAUGAAAUGAUCAACAAGCCCGGAGGGAUCGCCCUGUCGAUGGUGGAACGUUCGUCAGACCAAGUGGUCAGGCCGCUGUACCAAGAAGCGUUGACCAAAUGGGUGGGCCAGAUACCCGACGACGUGGUCAACGACAUGGCAAACAUCGCACCCAUGCUGAGCACGCUUGGGUACGACCCGGCAGCCAAUCCACCCACAUACGGCAUCCCGGAAAACGUGGCUGCACCGGAGCAUCAAUACGAGUCGAGUGCCAGCGGCGAUUCGAAGCACACCACCACGCGCAAGCGGUAGUCGAAAUACAUAUUAUACUUGUUUUUUUUUUUUUUUGUUUUUUUUAAAUAUUUCACACUUCUUAUUAUUGUAAUCGUUUAAAUUGUGUGUACAAUGUACAGGUACCUAAUAUAAUAUAAACAUGAACAAAAUAAUAUUAUAAUAUUUUAUUAAAUACAGCAGAACGGUUUGUCAAACGUGUGUACAUAGUUUAUAUUAAAUAAAUAUACGAUAAAUAUAUAUUAUUAUUCAUAUGUGUGUGUAUAUAUAUAUGAUGAUAAUAUUUUUGUGUAAAAUAAUAAUAUGUUCUACUUAUUAUUACGAUUAUGUUGGGUAUUAUAAAUGUAUACCUAGAAAAUAAUGUCUGUACGUUAUUAUUACUAUACUAUUGUUCACGUUUUUUUUUUUUUAAACGAUUUUUAUAUAUAUAUAUAUUUAAAUAUUAUAUUUUAUUAUUGACUUUCCUUUUUGUACUUAGAUGUUUACACCGAUUACGAGUGAGAGAGUACUUGUCGAUAUUUAUAAUAACUGUUUUUUUUUUUUUUUACAUUAUUGUUAUAAAACGACAAUCUCAUUAAUGUUUUCGACUUAAAAACGAUACGAUUUUUUUCUCUUCAAAUAUAGUAAGACUUGUAUAAUUUAUAACGUAUUA